AACAUCCAUCUGUACCGAAAUGUAACUAUAGUCAAGAUUUCAGUGGAGCAGGAGAAAGCUGAGUUGUCAGAUGGAGCAAGUGUUUUUCUGGAUAUGCAACUGUCUUAUGAAUCUGCCCUGGCAAGGAACUGUUCUUAUCAGAAGCAGUAAUGGCCAGCUGAUGCUAGUAUCUCAACAAGCAAUAGCACGAGCACAGCCUCAGCCACAAAAUAACACAAGUGUACGACUGUCUGUACCUACCAGCACGCCUGCAGUCAGAAUAUGUGCUGUACAGAACUCUGGCACCCAGUUAGUAAAGAAAGCAGUACCUACUCCUUUGAAAACUUUAUCUCAAACAACAAAUGCUGUGACUUCUACUGUUCAGCCACCUGCUGUUAUACAGCCAGCAGCUGCAACAGCUAGUGUUACUGCAGUUACUGCUGUAAAGCCUUUGAGUACUGGAACACCUGUAAAACUUCCAGUUACAGGACCACCUGCACAAUCCAUCUCCCAAAAGGCAGUCUCUGUGAAAGCAGAGGGCACAACAGUAGCACAGACCAGCACUUCUACAGAGAUGCUAGAGAAUGUGAAGAAAUGCAAGAAUUUCCUUGCUACGCUAAUAAAAUUGGCAUCUAGUAGUGGACCUCAAGCCACUGAGAUGGGGCAGAAUGUGAAGAAUCUGGUGCAAAAUCUAUUGGAAGCAAAAAUUGAACCAGAAGAAUUUACAAAGAAACUGUACAUAGAGCUCAAGUCUUCUCCACAGCCGUAUUUAGUUCCUUUUCUCAAGAAAAGCAUGCUUGCCUUACGGCAGCUAAUGCCGAAUGCUCAGAGCUUUAUCCAGCAGUGUAUGCAGCAGCCUGCUCCGGCCCAAGAAGCUGUUUCAACUUGUACCUCUGCACUAACUCCUUCCACGGCAGUAGCAACCUCAGCUGUAGCAACCAGUUCUCUUCCUGUUACAAAACCAGUGUCUGCCUCCACAACAGUCACAGCCACUCCUGUUAUAAAACCAGUCCUUUCCAGUGCAUCGGUGACAACCUCUCUGCAGGUUGUGAAGCCUGUUCCUGCCUCUGCAGUGGUGACAGCCUCUCUUCGUCCUGCGCCUUCUGUCCUCACCACAACAAUAUCGACAUCAGGGCUCACUGCUAUCCAAACUGUAAAGCCAGUCUUCACCUCUGCAGUAGCAUCAUCGUCUCUCCAAUCUGUAAAGCCAGUGCUCGUCUCUACAGUGGCAUCCUCAGCGACAACUCCUCUCCAGCCUUUGAAACCUGUCAUGGGCACCCCCAUCAGUAUUAAAAUCUCACAGCCCAACUCCAUUGUUGCGCAGCCAGUGGGUGCUCAGCAGGUGGUUAAAGUGAAACAGUUGGUAGUCCAGCAACCAUCAGGAACCAUUGUAAAGCAAGUAUCCACACUUCCCCAGUCCUCAACACUGACUCUUCAGACACCUGCUGAGAAGAGGAUGCCACUGAAUACGCUUGUUCAAACAAACCAAUUUCCUGCCGGCUCUGUUCUGAAGCAAGUUACCCUGCCAGGAAAUAAAAUUCUGUCGCUUCAAGCAUCUCCUGUUCAGAAAACUAAAAUAAAGGAGAAUGGAACAACAUCCUUCAGCAGAGAUGAAGAUGACAUAAAUGAUGUGACUUCUAUGGCUGGAGUCAACAUUAAUGAAGAGAGCGCGUGCAUUCUGGCAACAAAUUCAGAGCUCGUUGGUACUGUGAUCCGCUCUUGUGCAGAUGAACCUUUUCUGUUUUCAGAAGCACUUCAGAAGAAGAUUUUGAACAUCGGUAAAAGGCAUGACAUUAUGGAACUUAACUCUGAUGUUGUGAACUUGAUCUCCCAUGCUACACAGGAGAGAUUACGAGGGCUCCUUGAAAAACUAACUGUAAUUGCUCAGCACAGAGUAUCAACCCAUAAGGGGAGUGAUACAUACAUUGUAUCUAGUGACACCAGAGCACAGCUAAAAUUUCUUGAAAAGCUUGAUCACCUAGAAAAGCAAAGAAAGGAUGAAGAGGAACGUGAAAUGUUACUACGAGCAGCCAAGAGCCGUUCCAAUAAAGAAGAUCCAGAGCAUCUGCGUUUAAAGCAGAAAGUGAAAGAGAUGCAACAGUUGGAAUUAGCACAAAUGCAACAGAGAGAAGCUAACCUUACAGCUUUGGCAGCCAUUGGACCAAGGAAGAAGAGACCACUGGAUUCAUCAAACGCUGGAUCUGGGACGGAGGGUUUGAAUGGCAGUGGAGUUGCUCCUGGAUCGUCAAAUUUUAGCCUUACAAAACAGCUUCUUCGUCCAAGAAUAACUCGUGUCUGUCUCAGGGACUUGAUAUUCUGCAUGGAACAAGAGAGGGAGAUGAAGCAUUCUCUAACCUUGUAUCGUGCUCUUCUGAAGUGAUUUGAAUUUCACAUUUCAACUUGCUGUCUACUGCCAAAGAAAACACUGAAGCAUUGUUGCACUUGAAAUUCCAAUUUCUGGAAGAUGAUCCGUUGUAAGGAUAACUCUUGUUUACAGAUAAACAUUUUUAUUAAAUACCUAACUUAGCACCGCUAGGGUUUUUAAUAAUGUUUGGCUUAAACCAGUCUGUAAACCAGUGAAAACACUGAGCUGCGCACACGAGCCCCUGACUACCUUGCAUUUAUGUGUCUUGCAGGCUCUGAGGGCUUGAUAUGUGUACCUAGUUUAUGUAUGUAAACUUGCUUCAGUACUCCAGAAUCUGCAACAUCUGUUUGUAGUGCCUUCUUCUAAUCCAAACUUAAGUAGGGGACAAGUAACACUUUAAAGGCACUGCACAGUAUGACAACGGUAUUUAUUCAUGAACCAGCAGUCAAUCAACAUGCUAAUGUAUUGCCUGUUUGACUCAACAAAUCUCCUUAAAUCAGAUGUCCUUAAUUUUCUGGGUUUAGAAUUACUACUGAAUGCUACUUUGUGGAGCAGAGUAUCAAACAAAAGGAGCACGGGACACUUCCCCACAUCACUUCAACUGUCCCCUUCCCCUUUCUGCUGAGAAAAGCGAUUGAGGGAUGAUGAACAAAUUGGUCGUUCUUGUGGUUGAAGUACACCAAGCAGUGUAGGUAGGGCAUAUUUUGAUGUUUGGGAAAAUCUGGAGUUACUAAACUUGAACACAGGGAGUGAAAAAGCCUAAAAAAGAAGGGUAAAAAGAAGAAACUGAUCUCUUAUGUUUUUCUUUCUGUAGAUAACAAAACAAAAAUAGCAAUGAAUUUAAGCUUAGAUUUAGAAAGAAAUGAACCAAAACCUGUGCUGACUGCAAGAAGGGGAAAACUUGAGAUAUGUUAAAUAUUCUGAAACUUUACAGCUAGAGACUCUUAAGGAGAAGCGUAGUGUUUGCAAAGCACAGGAUCCACUGCUUUAUUGAGAAUACUGAUUUAGUUGUCAGCUUAACGUUUAUCAUACCUUAAUGUGGUAUAACAGGAAAACUUUUCAAGUAGAAAGUAGUUAGUUUAGUCAGUUGCCUCGUUUCCAUUCAGUGAGGAGGAUUACUCCAGACUACUAAGACUGCUAGAAUAGAUUCAAAGUUUUUCUGCUCUGCUGGUAAAGAUUGCCUUGUGGUAGAAGGGAAAAGCUCCUGGUCACCCUUCUCCUCAGCCUCCAGACACUUUGCGUCCCAUGACACAUGCUGCAUAGCAUGGCUGCUUCCCAGGACCAGUGGGAAAGGCACUGAUAUAUUGAAUGGCUUCCUGCUAAAACUUCUUUUCUUUCAAGGAACAAGCUUCCUAUGGUUAUUUGGCAUGCUACCUUAAAACUUAAAGUGAUAACUUAAACGCCCUCUACCAUCAGAACCACUGCAUAUAGUUACCAAAUUCAGUAAGUUUUGAGUCAGGUUUUUUUUUGUGUUGAAACAGUAGUAAACAAAUCUAGCAAAUGAAUGCUGUACAUUAUUUAUAUAUGUAUAUAUGGCAUAUAUAUAUAUAUAUAAGAAAAGCAGUACUUUGACUAAGCUAUAGUUUGCAAGAUAUUGAUAGCAUCAGGCAAAAUUGUUUUGUAUAAUUAAAUGCUUAGCUUUACUUUUUAUGUAAAGUGCAGCAUUUUCCAUAUUUGUGUACUGUAUCUUAUUGAUCAGAUGUUUAAAAUUAUUUUAAAUACUGCAUUAAAGCAAUUAUUUUAUUAAAAAUAAUAAAUAGCUAACUUUGUCUAUUUCCUAGCAUGAGAAAUUCAGCAUCUGAAGCUGUCAUCACCAUGACUAAUGGCGUGGUUCUGAGAGCGAGCCCCAGCUAUCUGCCCAUCACGGUGAUUGGCACUGUUGCCCAACUUGAAGUCUUAAUGAUAAGCAUCUGUUUUCUAAGGUUUUUGAACAGAACUGGGUGACAGAGCAAAAAAUUACUUGAAGGCAAGUGGUGGGCAGAGUGUAAAAGCAGCCCCUCAUUUGUCCAGCUUCCCCUGUCAGUCAGCACAGAGGUGUUCUUGUUUUUUUUUUUAUCAGCUGAACAGAGGUACUUUGCACGUGUUCUGGGAAGCAGAAACACAGGAAGCUUCUCAGACCUCAGCAAUGUGCAAUGGAAGCACUCUCUUAAAUUGCUUUUGAAGCAACUCACAACUAAUUAAGUGCAGGUAGGAGAACACAGAUGAGCAUCUGCAUAUGGGCCUGCCUGUUCUUUAAACCAAGGAGGCAUUUAAAA